CCCAUCGUGGCCUGCGGACCCCGGAAUUUGAUACGGGGUAUGCUUGGGGCACGCAUCGAUCCCCAUACCACCAAUUUACCACCACGACCACGACGCUCAUUCCAUCCAACUGUAUCUUCUUGUAUCGUAUACCCAGUACAUCCUAUAAUUCCCUAUGCGCGAGAAUGUCGCGCCAGUAGCAGGAGAGAAGGCAACAUCCAAGCGUGCACGUGCGAGCGACGGCAUCAACGUUGAGUCGCGUCUCAACACAUCUUCGUUCUUUUCCACACUCGGCCGUCGCAUUCGCCACUCCCUACCUGCCAGCUGGAGCAGCAGUCCAUGCAUUGCUAUGACCGCAAUUGAGGCGCCGUGGCGCGUGAAGACCCGGCCGUGCCCAUUCUACCAGCAAGGCAAAUGCCUCUUCGCCGAGUCGUGCAACUUCUUGCAUAAUGUCCAAAUCAAGGUCCCCGGCGGCCCUACUGUCAUACAUGCGAGCCCUCCCAGCGAAGUGGACGUUCGGCGUACGCCCGAGGGCCCAGCGGUUAUUGUCGACUCCCCACACUCGUACCGCUCCCCGCCGCGGUCUCCGCGUAUGAACAACCUCCUCGACGCCCUCAAGGGUGUUAUUAGAGAGGAUGAGGACGUGGACGACGCGGAUGACUCGGAGGAGCGACCAGCGCCAGCAGAAGACGUACGACCGACCCCGGAGGCGGAACCACCUACCGAGCCGGACCGUGCGGUACCCGACGCGCCACAACCUACCAACGACGCGCCCCAUGACCCCACCACCCCUGCCCAAGGCAACGUCGUCGGGCUGCACCAGGACCGCGAGCAAUCACCGGAAUGCGAAGAGGACUCGCCACAUUCGACCAACUCUGCACCCACUCCCGAUAUCCUAUCUCCCGUCGAGCUCUCGCACCUGCGGCUCUCUGGCCUGGACCAGCUCUCACAUGCUAAGGGCAACAACUCGUUCGAUUCUGGCUACGCCGAGCAAUGGCAGAGCCCGCGCCCGUUCGCCCUCUCGCCCCCGCGGAGUCCCUCGGUCGUCUCCACCUUUGGGUUGCUCUCCUCCCCCUUCGGCUCUCCCUCCGAGCGCGUGUUUGGUUCUCCACUCACGCAACGGUUUUCCAACAUACCUCCGUCGCCGCUGCUGACGGCGUCCCUCGCACAAAAUGGCGACGGCGAUGCACAUGAUGACGCGGACGUCGCGAAUCUGGAGGACGAUUUAGACUCGCCGAACGCUUACCGUGCAUCGGUAGCGAGCAGUAUGACUAUGGAGGCUGCUACGGACGUCACGGAAGAUCUGAGCUUUGAGGCCGGGGAGGGUUCUGGUGUGACGGAUCUGUGGGACACGUUCGGGCAACCAACGGCCAUGUAUUCAGAUCCUCAAGCUAGUCCAGAGGCGCCAGAAGAAGAGGAGGAUGUCGUAGACGCGUACGGGCAAUCUCCCGCCAUGCAUAUAGGGCCCGAGCACGGUGAUGAAGUGUUAUUCGAGGGUGAUGCCUCAAUGGACUCGUCGUUUGACUCGAUAACCGCGAAGCGCAUCUCGUUCAGCGAUGUCGACGCGCAGUCGACCUUCCACGGCCCCAUACCGCAACGAAGUCCGCUACCUUCGCAUGAGGAGCCAGACAACGAGUCUUGGGUAGCGCAGGAGGAGCCAGCUACGCCGAUGCCCGAGGAACACGACAUCAUCACGGACUACGAGCACAUGGAAUCCGACGAGGGUGAUCUGUCCGAUGAUACUAUCGACUUGCACGCCGAGGGCGAUACUACAGAGUACACUGCAGUCGACGACACAAUAUCCUCCUUCGGACAAGCAGCACCGGGAUCGGAAGUGGACGAUACGAUAUCCUCCUUUGGUCAAGCCGCGGAGCCACCAGCAGAGGACGCCACAUGGUCCUCGUUUGGGCACACGGGGCAUAUGUCGGACGACACGGCGGAGCUGGCGUAUGAUGUCUCAAGGUCGCCCAGUCCGACGGUCCGUCCUGGGGAGAACGAUACGCUGCAGAACCUCUACGACCAUUAUUCUGUGGCGUCUUCCCCGGAGGCGGAUGCUAUCAAGCGCUCCUCGCUCGACGACAUCCCCGAGACCUCGCAUACGGCUCUCGAUGACGGUGAAGGUGCUGAGGAAAACGAGGGCGCCGUGCACCUCGCCGAGCAAUCUCCCGCGCUCACGGCGCGAUCUCCUGCGUUGACGGAGCGCAAUAUCGAGCAUGCUGCGCCCAGUCCCUCCCCGCCUCAAGAUGCCGAUGGCUUCACGAUUGACGACUACGCUGUUGAACCACCUUCUCCUGCGACCGAACUGGACGAGCUCAUGGCGGACGUGGCCCAUGUAAACCAGGCUACUCCCCCAACUCCGCGCGACGCUGGCAUAUCGCCUCCAGCCGCAGCUCCCGGUCCCUCUCCGCACGCCAGCUUGCACAGCAUCGAAUACGUCGCUGAUGCGCUGACGCCCGAGUCGCUGCAUUCGCGGGAAGUGGAGACUCCGCCUUACGACGAUUAUUAUGACCUUAUGUCGCCGGAGGCGUCGGACCCGCCGCAGCCGCUAGUACAGGAUGAUGCUCAACAUACGCCUGCAGCUGAGGAUGUCCAGCAUACGCCAAUGAUCGAAGCGGCUCAGCACUCGCCCGUGACAGAGGACGCACAGCACGCCCCGGUGUUUGAGGCCGCUUGGCAGAUACCUGCGGUAGAGGCUAACCAGUCUUGGCCAGUGGCGGAUACGGCUCACCGCUCGCCAGACAUCGUCCAGCACACGCCCGUGCUAGACACUGUCCAGCACUCGCCUGUGGUCGAGAUCGACGAGCGCUCGUCAGUGGCUAUUGAUGCUCAGCAGGCGCCAGUCGUCGAUGAACACGGACCCGUGUCGCCUGUGACCGAAGCCCAGUCGCCGCCUCAGGCAGUUGAUCUGCAGCAAACGCCCGUCAUGGAGGUCGCUUCCUUCAUGCUGUCGGCCGAGGAUCCUUUCGCAGCGGAGCCGGUGCUGGAUGUGCAGUCCAAGGCGUCGGAAGACGUUCAGUCGACACCUCAAGUGGAGGACGUGCAAUUGGUGUCAGGAGACAGGUCUGCCCCGCUAGCUUCGAUUAGCGAGAGUGCGAAGUCUCCACCCGUCAGUGGGGACGCACGUCUAACGGCAACUCUUGAUGAUGCGCCGUCCAUGCCCUCGGCCCCGGUUGAUCAGCCCGCGACAUUCAUUGGGGAAGAACAGGCAACACCCUCAGUCCUGGAUGCGCAAUCGUCUGGGAAUUACUUGGAUGCCGAGCCGCAGGGACAUUCGAUCGCAGGUGUUCAGUCACCCCCGGCUGACGAGGUCAUGCCGUUGUCACCAUCCGAUGAGGACGCGCACCUAACACGGCCUCAUUCUGUCGACGCUGAAGCUGAUCAAGGACCUUCCCCUGAUAUGGUUGAACAUUUCGCAAGCUUGACGCCAAUAUCGCCCCACGAAGCUCUUGCUCAAACUGCCGAAUCAACGCCGCCUUUGUCCGUCUUCGAUGCCCCCAGCCCUUCGACGCAUGGCCCAUCUGACUCGAUCGCAUCAUCAAUCCCUCGGGACGUCGUCGACAAUUUCGCUCAGCAGACGUCUGCAAGUGAUAUUCAUGGUAUUCAGUCGCCUUCUCUCGAUGCCGAGACUACGCUGCACGAAGCCGUCGAAGACGAGGACUACCUGCCACCGCCGCCUCAUGUCGAACAGCACGUCGAGCAAGCACCAUCCCAUACACAUGAUGAUGGCGCUGCGCUAUCUAGCGCAACAUGUGAGGAUGGAGCUUCACCUGAAGUACUCUUUGCCAAGGCUCUCGAAGACAUGGCGCGGUCGACGCCGCAAGAAAUGGACGGAGGGGCUGCUGGUCCUGGUCUGCAUGAAGAACCGCGAAGUACCCGAUGAUUCUGCUCGACCACCUUCCACCGAGUCACCUACCUCGCCCUCGGCUCACUCUCCUCUUGUGCGGGAUACGCUUGUGCGGAAUACAUCGUCACCCGUGUCGAGCUCGUCUUCUGCGACACACGCGAUGGCGGUCCAAAGCACUCAGGACGAGGGCCCUCGCAAGGUCGACCCACAGGAUUUGCC